AUGGUCCCUGCUGAGCAAGGCGAUGUGCUCCUGGCCGACACAGAAUACGGGACUUCUCUCCUUCUGGGUCGCUGCCUGGGGCUCAGGGGACAGCUCUCUGUGGAUGAACUGCAGCCCCCUGAGGCCAUCGCCGACUCCCUGGACCUUCCUGUCUCACAGACCUGGGCCGCCCUCUUGGUCCAGAGUCCCGUCAGCUCCCGCCUGCCAGGCCUGCUGGUGCAGCAUUCAACCUUGACAAGAGUUAGCAGUCAACCCGGGCUUCCAGAGCCUCCAGUUGGGGCCGUUAAUUUUAUCUUCCACCACCGAGAAAGCACAACAGCUGGCAGGGGAGCUGUCCACCAGGAGACGGGCAGCGAGACGCCGAGAGACGUUUCCCAGGACGGAGUGCCUGGGGAGGACGUGGCCGGCGAGUGGGGCUGGGCUGUCCAUGCUGAUAUUCGCGGCUGCGCUGUGUCAUCGCCCAUAACUGAAAUCGCUCCCCCGACCUCCAUCGAAGUGGUGGCCGCUGACACGCCCGCCCCCUUCAGCCGCUACCAAGCCCAGAAUUUCACACUGGUCUGCAUUGUGUCCGGAGGGAAGCCAGCACCCAUGGUUUAUUUCAAACGAGAUGGGGAACCCAUUGAUGCAGUCCCCCUAUCCGAGCCACUGACUGCGAGCUCUGGCCCCCUCCAGGACAGCAGGCCCUUUCGCAGCCUUCUGCACCGUGACCUGGACGAGACCAAGAUGCAGAAGUCACUGUCCCUCCUGGACACCGAGAGCCGGGGUGGGCGACCCUACACGGAGCGGCCCUCCCAUGGCCUGACCCCGGAUCCCAGCAUCCUCCUUCAGCCGACCACGGAGAACGUUCCAGAGACGGUCGUGAGCCGCGAGUUCCCCCGCUGGGUCCACAGUGCGGAGCCCAUCUACUUCCUGCGCCACAGCCGCACCCCAGGCAGCGAUGGCACCGUGGAGGUACGCGCCCUGCUCACCUGGACCCUCAACCCGCAGAUCGACAACGAGGCCCUCUUCAGCUGCGAGGUCAAGCACCCAGCGCUGUCGAUGCCCAUGCAGGCAGAGGUCACGCUGGUUGCCCCCAAAGGACCCAAAAUCGUGAUGACGCCCAGUAGAGCCCGGGUCGGGGACACAGUGAGGAUCCUGGUCCACGGAUUUCAGAACGAAGUCUUCCCGGAGCCCAUGUUCACGUGGACGCGGGUGGGGAGCCGCCUCCUAGAUGGCAGCACGGAGUUCGGCGGGAAGGAGCUGGUGCUGGAGCGCGUCCCCGCCGAGCUCAACGGCUCCAUGUACCGCUGCACGGCCCAGAACCCACUGGGCUCCACCGACACGCACACCCGGCUCAUCGUGUUCGAAAACCCGAAUAUCCCAAGAGGCACGGAGGACUCCAAUGGUUCUGCGUCUGGCCCCGCUGGUGCCCUGUCCACCUUGGUGCUCGCCCUGACAGUGGUCCUGGAGCUGACGUGAAGGCGCCCGUCCCCGCCACCCCACCGGGCGCUGACAUCUCCACGACCAGUUUUCGUUUCUUUUCUAAACUAUUUCCAGUCUUGUUCUUCGUCUUUCUGUCUGUGUCUUGGCUUCUUCAGCUGGUUUAAUUAAAGCAAACAGAACAAUUUUCCCCA